AUGAAGGCGCACUUUGCCAACGCAGGAAUCACCUUCCCCAGCGACACAUUCUACGUAAACUACAUCAUGCGGCUUUGUAUGGGGAACUGUGCAGAUGACACAGACCGCGCCAAUGUGCAGGCUCUACAAAAAAUGGUAGAUGCAAUUCUGAGCAGGCCGCAGGCAAAGCAGGCAGAGGGAAACGUUGUGCACGAGAUGUCUUUUCUGCGGGCGCGCGCUGUUAACAUGAAAGAGCUGGUUAGACGGGCGCUUUACUUUGACCGGUACUUUAGAGGAUACUCUAUAUUCGGCAUGGCUUUUUUCGGGACGAUUAUUAUAUGGAUUUUAUCAGUAGCUUUUGACGCUUCGCUGUUUUCAUUUUCUUCCAACUCCCAAAAAAUAUUGAAUGAAGUGGACAAAGUUGUUGAAGCAAAAAACAAAAUUGUCGCCAACAACUCAGUUACUCCGGACGAAAUACACAUAAUAGACAGAACCAUAGAGCUGGUAGCAAAUAACCUGUGCAUUCAGUUUCUUUUCGAGAAAAUGCAACGCAAAUGCACAAUCAUUAUGCUCUUUGCCUUUGUAAUCACAUCCACGCUUUCAAAAACAAAGUUUUACAAGCUGUGCAAGCAGAACAUUAAAACAGGAACGAUAAAAGUGGGAGACUUUAUACUUGCACAGACAAUAGAAAUGCUGCUUAGAGCCUCUCUAUUUGUUUUUAUUAUCCAGACGUCCUUAUAUGUGCUAUUUUACCGCGUCCUGGACAAAACCAUCGUCAAAUACUGCACAGUUGGGCACUUUUGGCCCAUCUCUCUGAUAUUCUUUCAGUCGCUUCUGGUUGGAGUGCAUGUGUUGUUUUUGAACCUUGCUCCAAUUCCAGCAAAGCUCUGCUCUUUGGCGAGCGUUGGCUGGUUCUGUGUUUUAUCGGUCCUACCAGCUAUAUUUUUUAUGCUUUUAAAUCUACGAGUGGUAGGAUCACAAUUUGCCCAUAGUUGUGUAAUGAGAAAUUGUCUUAUGGCACCAUGGGAAGAUCCAGACUACGCCAGUAUGAUUAGCAAUCUUCCAAAUAGGCCAUUAACGCCUAGGAUUCUAACUUACCUAUUAAUGUAUGCGCACAGGCUUGCAAAAUUCUUUAUGACAAUAAGUCCUUCAGAUUACGUUUUUCAGCUUUUGCCGAGAAUCAUGCACUACCAGGGAAAGCUGUGGCCCAGGCCUGAAGAAAAUCUUGCAAGCGUGUGGGGACCUUAUUUAAAUGUGAACAAGCAUAAUGGGUCGAAUGACCAGACAGAAAUAUUGGCCAGUAGAGCUGUCGAAGAUCUAUGCAAUACAGAUUUGGCUCCACACGAGGCUUACGACUCAACGGUCUCCCUUAAAGAAAUUUCAAUUUUCCGCCUUGCUUGGGGCGUUCCGAAGUUCUGGAUACUCCCUCUGCUCCUUUUGGCUGGAUCGGCGUACUACACAUACAGAGCGCUGCAGCCCAAGCUAAGAAGAUAG